UAACUUCAAUCCAGUCCAGACCUCUUGGUUCAAACCAGAUGCAAAAUGUUCUAUGCUGACUGUGAAAAAGUCUGUAGAUUUCAAAUCAAGUAACGAUGACAUUUGGGGACCAACAGUCAAGGAAAAAGAAAAAGCAAUGAAACUUUUAGGAAUAGGAAAGCGAUGGAUUGGGUUUAGAGGAGGUGGAAUUUCAAUCUCAGUUCCGUUGUCAAGCUAUACUGAAGAAGACAUAUUGGAGGCAUUUAGAACUAAACUUUCUAUAGUAGAGGAGAAUAAUCCGAAGAAAGAUCUGCAUGAAUCCUAUCAGCUUGUGAGGCGAUGCAUGAAAGGAAAAGGCAGAUUUAAAGCAAUUGGAAAAGCAAGUUUAAAAUCUCAAAGAUUUGCAUGUUUACUUGGAAAAUUAAAACAGAUUCCAAACAACAACAAUGAAAACGAAUCUGUCCAAGAAGAAGAAUCAAAGUUUAUAAUAAAAGAAAAAAGAAAUCAGACAGUAAAGAAAGGAAAAGAAGUUACAAGGAAAAUUAAUAAUUCUAUUCCAAGGAAAAAUAUUAUUGAAGAAUCUACAGUGAAACUGAAAUAAGAAGACAAGACAAAACAUUUAGAUAAAAUUAAUCAAUUUAAAAAGGAAUACAUUUUUUAAAAGUUUUCAAGUUAAAGGGAGUAUCUGGCUAGCCAUGGUAGUUGAGCUGAUAAUGCAGUAUUGUAGAGAAUUAUUUUAGAAACCAUUUGAGACCUGUAAGACUAAAAUAAGAAGACAAUAAAAAAUAUGGAUGAAAUAAAUAAUUCAAAAAGAA